AUGGAUCCUCGGUUUCUCAUUCUACUUCUCUCUCUGGCCAUCACUUCUCCAACUUCAUCUUCCACCUCCGACUUAUUGAGUGAAGGCUCAUCCCUCUCUGUAGAGAAACCAGAAGAUGUUCUGGUUUCACCUGGCCGUGUUUUCAAAGCCGGCUUUCAUCAAGUUGGCAACAACUCAUACUGCUUUGCCAUUUGGUUCAACGAACCAUCAGACUCGUACCAGAACCGAACCAUAGUCUGGAUGGCAAAUCGUGACCAACCAGUCAACGGGAAGCGCUCAAAGCUUUCCCUCCUCAAAACUGGUAAUGUCAUCUUAACUGAUGCUGCUCAAUCCCACGUUUGGACCACAACCACCAGCUCACUCUCCCCUGCACGUUUAAGUCUCCACGACUCCGGUAAUCUGGUUCUGCUGGAUCUGAAGACCAAGGUUGUCCUAUGGCAGAGCUUUGACUCCCCAACUGAUACCCUUCUUCCACUCCAACCCUUCACCAGAACCGCAAAACUUGUCUCCACCAGAAGCCAGAGCAACUUCUCCUCUGGCUUCUAUAAGCUCUUCUUCGACAAUGAUAACCUUAUGAGGCUACUCUUUGAUGGCCCUGAGAUUUCUAGUGCCUACUGGCCCAACCCUGCAUAUGUGAGCUGGGAUAAUGCAAGGUCUACUUACAACAGCACUAGAACUGCCGUGCUUGAUUCCUUAGGCAGUUUUGCAUCUUCGGAUAAUUUGACCUUUCUUGCAGCUGAUUAUGGUGCAAAGUUGCAGAGAAGGUUGACUAUUGAUUUUGAUGGAAAUGUUCGAUUGUACAGUCGUGAAAAGCCAGGAGAGAACUGGAAAGUGACAUGGCAGGCGUUUUCUGAUCCAUGUGUGAUUCACGGAAUUUGUGGAGCUAACAGUGUCUGUAGCUACGAUCCUAGUUCUGGUAGGAAAUGUUCAUGCCUUCCCGGGUAUCAGAUGCAAAAUCAUACUGAUUGGUCUCUUGGUUGUCAACCGGAAUUCCAAUUCUCUUAUGGAGAAGGCGAGUCUCGUUUUCUCCAGCUUAGUCAAGUUGAGUUCUAUGGCUAUGAUUACAAUGAGUACCAAAACUAUAGCUAUGAUGAUUGCGAACAAAGAUGCUUGGAACUGGAUAACUGCAAGGGGUUUCAGUACACAUUUGCUUCUGGUGUUUAUAAAUGUAAUCCCAAGACGCAGUUGCGAAGUGGGCACAGCUGGAACACUCAAGGUUACUUCUAUCUGAGACUGCCGAAGGCCCACCUCUUUUCUAACAUAGACAUCAAUCCAAUGAAGAACCUUGGGUUAAGUUGCACAGAAAAAGUUGUUGAUCUCGAGAGGGAGUAUGUUAAAAAUCGAGUCAGUAAGCCGGUGAGGUUCCUGCUCUGGUUUGCCUGUGGAGUUGGGGGUGUUGAAAUCAUUUGUAUUGUUCUGGUUUGGGGUUUGUUGAAAUCAAACGAGGAUAUUCAUGGCUAUGCUGUUACUGCAACCGGGUUCAAAAGGUUCGGCUACGCUGAGCUCAAGACUGCGACUCGGGGUUUCAGUGAAGAAAUUGGAAGAGGCGCAGGAGGAGUUGUUUACAAAGGUGUAUUGGCUGAUCAGCGAGUGGCAGCGAUUAAGGUACUCUACGAAGCUAAUCAAGGAGAAGCAGAAUUUCUAGCAGAAGCUAGUACUAUUGGGAAGGUGAAUCAUAUGAACUUGAUAGAGAUGUGGGGAUAUUGCUCAGAGGGAAAGCACAGGAUUCUUGUUUAUGAGUACAUGGAGCAUGGUUCCUUGGCACAAAAGUUAGCUUCCAAUGUGCUUGAUUGGGAGAAGAGGUUUGAUAUUGCUGUAGGCACUGCAAAAGGUCUAGCUUAUUUGCAUGAAGAGUGCUUGGAGUGGGUUUUACACUGUGAUGUUAAGCCUCAAAACAUAUUGUUGGACUCCAAUUACCAACCAAAAGUUGCAGAUUUCGGCCUCUCCAAGCUACUUAACAGAGAUGAGCUGAAAAAUUCAAGCUUUUCAAGAAUACGAGGAACCAGAGGUUACAUUGCUCCAGAAUGGGUGUAUAAUCUUCCCAUCACAUCCAAAGUGGAUGUGUACAGCUAUGGAGUGGUUGUGUUGGAGAUGGUGACCGGAAAGAACCCGACAAUGGUGAUGGAAAUGAGUGAUGCUGAGCAGAGAAGACUAAUUACGUGGGUGAGGGAGAAACUAAAUGGAACUGAUAAUAUUACGUCCAGGAUGGGAGAGAUCAUAGACCCCUCAUUUGAAGAUAACUACGAUGUCGAAAAGAUGGAAAUUCUGUUAACAAUAGCUUUACAUUGUGUUGAAGAAGACAAAGAUUCACGACCAAGCAUGAGUCAAGUCGUUGAGAGACUUCUACACCACGGCAAAGAUUCUUAG